AUGGCCGGGGCGCAGGGCUGCUGCGAGGGGAAGAUUGCGGGGCUGUACGACCUGGAGCGCACGCUGGGCAAGGGCCACUUCGCGGUGGUGAAGCUGGCGCGGCACGUCUUCACUGGGCAGCGGGUGGCCGUCAAGGUGAUCGACAAGAGCAAACUGGCAGGGGACGCAGCGGGGCAGCUCCUGCAAGAGGUGCGCUGCAUGAAGCUGGUCCAGCACCCCAACGUGGUGCGCCUCUAUGAGGUCAUCGACACCCACGCCAAGCUCUACCUCAUCCUGGAGCUGGGCGACGGCGGGGACAUGUUCGACCACAUCAUGCGGCACGAGGGUGGGCUGGCCGAGGCGCGGGCCAAGCACUACUUCGCCCAGAUCGUCCAUGCCAUCUCCUACUGCCACAAGCUCCACGUGGUGCACCGUGACCUCAAGCCUGAGAACGUGGUCUUCUUCCAGGAGCAGGGGGUGGUCAAGCUCACCGACUUCGGCUUCAGCAACCGCUUCCAGCCCGGCAAGAUGCUCACCACCAGCUGCGGCUCGCUGGCCUACUCGGCGCCCGAGAUCCUGCUCGGGGAUGAGCCUGAAGAGGAGCGGGUGAGGCUGCUGCGGGGCACGGGCAUCCCCGAAGCGGUGGAGAAGGACCUGGCUAACAUCCACCUGGAGUACAGCUCCAUCGUCCUGCCCUUCAUGGAGUCCCACCCUGCCAUCUUCGACCCCAAGCUGCACACACUGGAGCUGUACAAGCAGCUGGUGGCCUUCGUCAUGGCCUACAGCUUUCAGGAGCCCCUGGAGGAGGAAGAUGAAGACGAGAAGGGCCCCAACCCUCCGAUGAUGGUGCCUGUAGCAGAUAUUUUGAAUCACGUGGCCAACCACAACGCCAACCUGGAAUACUCUCCCCAAUGCUUACGCAUGGUGACGACACGGCCCGUCAGCAAAGGACAGGAGAUCUUCAACACGUACGGGCAGAUGGCCAACUGGCAGCUCCUCCACAUGUACGGCUUUGCAGAGCCGUACCCCGGCAACACCAACGACACGGCCGACAUCCAGAUGGUGACAGUGCGGAAUGCAGCGCUGCAGCGUGCCAAGAGCGAAGCACAGCAGCAGCUGGUGGCAGAGCAGUGGGACUUCUUGUGCCAGCUGGAGAUGGUGGGGGACGAAGGUGCCUUUGUGCUGGGCUGGGAUGAGGUGCUGACAGAGGAAGAGCUGUCCACAACCCUGAAGGUGCUGUGCAUGUCAGAAGAAGAAUUCAAGGAGUACAAGGAACACAACGGCUGGGAAGAAGACAGCGAGGAAGAGGAGAACUCUACCCUUUCUAACGAGGCUCUCUCCAGGCUUAAACCCCCCUGCAAGAACCUCCUUUAUGACAGCGUGCUGCUGACCCUGGAGUCCUACGGGUCAGACCUGGCAGCAGAGCAGGACCUGCUAAAUAACAAGGAGGCAUACGAGAAGCUGAGCCGAAGGGAGCAGCAAGCUUUGCACGUGCGCUACGGACAGAAGAGGAUCUUGCAUCAGCUGCUAGAGCUGGUACAGUAG